GGUAGAUUGUAACCACUGCACUUGACAGAUUCUGAAGGAAGAAGAGAAGUUGAACCAUGGGGAAGAGAAAGGCAGCUGCCAAGCCACCUCCCAAGAAGCGGAUGGACAAGCUUGAUACCGUCUUUUCCUGCCCAUUCUGCAACCAUGGGAGUAGUGUUGAGUGCCGAAUUGAUAUGAAGAAUCUGAUUGGUGAGGCCAAUUGUAGAAUCUGCCAGGAAAGCUUCAGCACCACUGCUAACGCGCUGACUGAAGCUAUUGAUAUAUACAGUGAAUGGAUCGAUGAGUGUGAGCGCGUCAACACUGUCGAAGAUGAUGAUGGUGCAUGAGCAUGCCCGGAUGUGAAUGGACUGUUUACUAUCGUGGUCGUAACGCGUUGGUGUUAUUGACUGCCACUGUCAGCCAUGUCUGUAGUAGCAUUGUAAGAUGUACUGGCUGAUCAAACUUUAGUAGGCAGCUUAUCCCUCGCUUAAUAAACAACCGAUGAUAUUGUGUACUUAUAUUUCAACCUUUAAUAGUAGUCUGCGUAUCUGAUGUGUAUGGAUCCAUAAUAUAUGAGAUUAUGUAAGGUUGGUUCUCUAUCA